AUGCUAAAAGGGAACAAUAGAAUUUAUUUGCUUGAGAGAAAUAGAAGUAUUUUCGAAAGUGCUGAAAACAGCAUUUUAAGCUGAAGUCAUAUAGGAACUAAUAGCAUUCCAGCUGAAUAUUAUCAGUCAAGCUUUGUUCUGUAUAAGAAAUGCUAUUAUAUUGUUGAUUAUGGCAAUAAACUCUGAAAAUUUGAUUUAACUUCAAAGCAAGCAUCUUAUAUAAACACUGUCUAA